CUAGGAGAGGAAGACCUCGUCGAGAGAGAAUCAUCUAAAAAACUAACAGUCGAAUGGCUAAUCGACAACGAUGGUAGUACACAAUGAAGGAGGACUAUCUCGGUGGUGGGGUCUGGGGAUGGACGGCUUUGGUAAUGCCGCCAAAUGCUUUCACAACUAAUUGAGGUGGGAAUAAGCUCAGUUAUAGUGUGCGUGUCCCAUUUAAGCUUACUAGCGUGGGCCCGGCCAGUUGGCCGGAGGAAGGUGAGGUAUGAAAUUUGAUAAUGUAAUGGGGUGUAUAGUUUUUUUUUUUUUUAAUAAGUAUAGCUUAUUGUUGUAUAGUUUUUUUUUUGGAAAACUCGUGAUAAAAAUAGUGAAUUUUAGCAGGAAAGAGACAUGAAUGAUGCAAUGAAUCAAAAAUUGGUCUUAUGAACCAAAAUCAAGUACAUGUUACCUUGUGAAACAAUAUUGUUUCUGGUAAUAUGAUGAGGUGGAGUAAGUUUUAUAGAAACCGAAUUCCCGAAAAAUUGAAUAAAAAAUCGCCUAUCCCGUCGGUUUUCGGGAAAUGAGCAUCUCACAAUCGUUGCUAGCUUUUACUCGGCCCGUUGAUCGAUUAAUUUGCUUUAUAAAACUUUCAUCUUAUCGUCAUUGUGUUUUCUGAUUUUUGUUAGGCCAUGAUAAAAUCUAAGAAAAUCAGGAACGAACAACACGAUUUGGGAUAGGAACCGCCGUUGUCGUAUCCCUAGAAAAUGGUGGUAAACACAGACUCACCUGCCAAACUGGUUUAGAUUGAGAUUUUUAUCGGGUAUCAGGGAACCAUGUGAUUAUAAAUUAGACUUUAUCAAAACGAACCAAAAAUUGAAAUUCAGCAUGUUUGACUGACCCAUGCCAAAUUCUAAUUAUUCUUUAUUUUUAAAUUUUCUAUUUGAAAAUAAAAAAUAGUGAAAGAAAAAAGAUGACUGCAAUUCGCCAUUUGCACAUCACUUAUUCGGGGAUUAAACCAUAAAGAUUCAAAAGGAACUGAAAAUGUUUAGGAUCGUUUUAAUGUUUAGGGUGUGCCUACGGUGACAUGCAUGUCACGUUGACUUGCACUUUCCGGUCGACCUCAGUUAGGAUUAGGUCGACCUCAUUUAGAAUUCGGUCGACCUAAUAUAGGAUCUGGUCGACCUCAUUUAGGAUUCGGUCGACCUCAUAUAGGAUCUGGUCGACCUCAUUUAGGAUUCGGUCGACCUCAUAUAGGAUCAGGUCGACCUAAUUUGUUGCCUUAAUUAGUUUUCUUUUGCGCCUUUGAAUUAAUUUGGGAUGUCAACGUCCAAUUCCCGUCAAAAUAAGCAAUAAACUCACCAAAGGCGCGCUGCGUACCACAAUUCUACUUCUAUGAAUAGUAGAUUUGAAAAUAUUUUUAUAAAUACCUAGGGAUAGCAAUGGGUCGGGUCGGGGACGGAUAGUGCAUAUCUGUUACCCUAUCCAAAGUAGUUCGGGUUUUACCCUAUCCAAAGUAGUUCGGGUUUUACCCAAACCAUUACCCACAUAAGAAACGGGUAGAAAUCCAAACCAUGCCCAUACUAGUUCGGGUUUCGGGUAUCCACGUUUAUCCAUGGGUAAUAGUUUCUCUUUAUAACUCUAACCAAUAUGUUAAUAUUCACACGCACAUUAUGUAAGACAAAAAUUACGACAAAAAUUCACUAGAAUGAAAAAAGUUAAUUAAAACAAACACAAUUUCAUAAAAAUAUUAUAUUUAUAUGUUAAAUAUACAAUAUAUUAGAGAAAAUAUUGAUUAUUUUUAGACAAAAUACAUAUGCAUGUGUAUAAUCUGCGUGUUUGGGUUGGAUAGUGAGAAAACCAUGCCUACCCAUUAUCCGUAAUAUUCGGGUUCGGGUUUUACUCGUACCCACUAAAAGUCCUUCGAGUUCGGUUUUUACCCUACCCAACUAGGAAGAAUUCAGACGGAUACCCACGAUUACAGAUAUUUUUGCCAUCCCUACCGUGUCUUCGACCAUAUUUUGAAAAAAUUCGUUGUUUUUAGGAAAAAACCCUAAACACCCUAUUCCUACGAAAAAGAAAAAGCAAAAAAGAAUUUCGGGCACAGGACACAUCUAGCCUAUGAUGGGCAGCAGCGGCCAGCGGCCAUUCGUCAACUGAGUUUGAUAUAUUCUCUUCUCCCACUUACGAGUUGGUCACUGCCGAUUACAGUCGGCGGCGCCAUUUUUUCCAUUCUCCAAUUGGUUUGCUUCCCGUUUCGUUCCAAACAAAGGUAAGUUGCCUGCUCAUCCUUCAUCUCAGCUUCAUAGCUGAAACAAUUGCCUAUCUUUUCUCUGUUUGCCUUUAUCUCAGUUAUCGUACGGUCGCCACUUUCACCGAUGCGUUAUUCUGCUAGUUUGCGUUUCCACUUUUAUGGAUGCUGGCACUAAUUAGAAAACUGAUAGACCUCGACUGGGGGCUUAAUAUCCGGAGAAUUUCUUGAACCCUAGAUUUAGGGUUUAGGGUUUUUGCUUCCCCCACACCUUCUGUUCUGAUAAAGAUCCAAGAUUCUAUUUUGCCUCGUCGAAUGAAGUGAUCGUUUUGAUAAUGGAAUGUUGUCCCUAUUACUUUGAUUGUAGAUUUUCAUUUUUGGUUUUGUUCCCAGCUCCUCGUGAGAAUUCGCUGUAGGACGAUGGAUGUGUGCCUCACUAUUUGUAUCUGUAUAUAGUUGCUCUACUAAUGAAUGUUCACCUAAGCUGUGUGCAACCUGACCAGUUUAUUGCCGUGUUACAGGGAAAGCAAAGAUGAGCAAGAAGAAAAAUCCUUCCGUGUUUUUGGAUUUAUCUAUCGACCGGGAUCCGGCGGAACGAAUUGUUAUUGAGCUUUUUGCUGAUGUUGUUCCCAAGACCGCAGAAAAUUUCCGGGCGCUGUGCACUGGGGAGAAGGGGAUUGGGGAUAGUACUGGGAAACCUCUGCACUACAAAGGAUCCUCUUUCCAUCGAGUAAUUAAAGGAUUCAUGGCUCAGGGUGGUGACUUCUCAAAGGGAAACGGUACUGGUGGAGAGAGUAUCUAUGGAGGGAAAUUUUCAGAUGAGAACUUUAAAUUGAGGCAUGAAGGACCGGGCAUCCUUUCUAUGGCAAAUAGUGGUCCGAACACGAAUGGAUCUCAAUUUUUCAUUACUUUUAAGAGUCAGCCUCACCUUGAUGGGAAACAUGUUGUUUUUGGGAAGGUUGUUAAGGGACUUGAUAUACUAAAGAAAAUUGAACUGGUAGGAACAGCUAAAGGGGAUCCUCUUCAACCUGUAAGAGUUGUGGACUGUGGGGAAACUUCUGAUGCUAAACUUCAUACUGUGGGAAAGGAUUCAGGAACCAAAAAGAAAUCUGGAAAAUUUGCUUCAGAUGAUAGCUCUGAUGAAAAGGUUAAAGGAGGACGUAAAAAAAUACUGAAGGAUAGAAGGAAGAGAAGAAGAAAAAGAUACUCUUCAUCUGAUUCAUACAGCUCAGAUUCUGAGUCAGAAUCUUAUUCUUCAGAUUCUGAAACUUCAGACUCAGAUUCUUCAUCAUUUGAUUCAAGUUCUAGUGAUGGGAGACACAAGAAGAGGAAGUCCUUGAAAAGAGAUAAACGCCAAGGCAAGAGGAAAAAGAGGGACAAGAAAAGGGAGAAGAAGAGGAGUAGGCGUGAUAAGAGAUCCAGGCGCAAGUCUAAACGGAGUUCGGACAGUGCAAGUGAUUCUGAAACUGAAAGUAGCAGAAGCAGUAGUUCUGAAGACAAUGAAACUGAUCGUGUUCUCUCUCGUAAAAGCAACAAUUCUACUAUGGCUGAAAAGUCGAUGCUUAAUCUUGAUGAGAUGAAAAAGUCCGGUGGUCAACAAUCUGAGAAAGCUGCAGUACACAAAGGGAAUGGCCAACAGAAGUCAAUGACUGAAGUGAAUUCUCCACAUGAAGAAGGAGAAUUGCCUCUGAAGCGGGACAAGCUUUUGAAGAAUGGGCAUGAUAUAGAUUCUAAAGCUGAUAAAAAUGAUAUUCGCCACACUUCUUCUCACGACUCCGAUAGAUCCAAGAAUGUCAUGCCAAGCCCUAGAAAGAGACCAAACAACAGCCGGAGGCGCAUCUCGAGCCAAAGUCCUGAAAAAGCUUCCCGGAGUCCAAAAUUGAGAAGUGAUGAUGGGAGUCCUGUUAGAAGGUCUGUUGAAAGAGAGCAGAGGAUUUCAAGGAGUCCUGUGCACAGUCCUACUCGUAGGGCUCUGGGACCUCUUACCUCUAACCGAGGGCGGGGUGCUGAGUCACGAAGCCCAUCUCCGAAUGGUGUCCCCAAGCGCAUUAGGAAAGGACGUGGCUUCACCCAACAGUAUUCCUUUGCUCGUCGAUACCGCACCCCUUCUCCAGAGGGUCCUCGGAGGUCUUUCUAUUAUGGGGGAAGAAAUGUCAAUGAAAGGAACAAUGACAGGUACUCAAGCUAUCAAAAUUAUUCGGGACGUUCACAGUAUGGACGGUACAGAAGCCCAGCAAGAGGCAGAAGUCCCCCUAGAUAUGGACGUCGGAGAAGUAGAAGUAGGAGCAGAUCUCGGAGCAGCCCAGGAAAUAAUCAUGGAAGAAGGAACAGAGCUCGCAGCAGGAGCCAGAGCCCUCCUAUACGAAGUCCCAGUCCAACAGACAAGCGGCCUCCUGUUAGUGAGGGUUUGAGAUCACGUCUUGGCCCUCGAAUUGAUGAUGACAAUUCAGGUAAGAAAGGAAGACUGAGGUCAACAUCCAGGUCUACUGCUAGCUCCAGGUCAAGGAGCAGGUCAUCAUCUCCUCUCUCGAAAUCUCCAGAUCGUGCACCACCAAAACGAGGUAGAACAGCUAGUAGCAGGUCGAGAUCAAGCUCAUUGUCAGGAGGACAGCAAGGUCUGGUUUCUUAUGGGGAUCCUAGUCCUGAUAAGUAAGAAACUGCUGCCCAAUCCUGGAUAUGGUAGCUGAAUGCUGAGCACAGGAAGAGUAAGCCUGUCUCCUGGGUGUCUUGUCAUACUCAUACCUUACACCGAUGAACUGCCAAGAGUAGUCAGCAAGGCUGGCACUGCUGUAAUGAGUACCAAUGGUAGAUGGAAACUGGAAACAUGAUGGUUGUUAUGGGUUUCUCCGGCCUUCUGUGACCCCUUGGUUUUGUGGGUAGAUUAAAAUCCUCUUUCUUGGGAGAUAAAAGACCAAAUUAAGC